AUGGGCAAGGGAGGCAACGCAUCGACGGCGCGGUCGCCGCCGACGGACUUUACGUGGGACACGAGCGACGAGCCGCACGCGACGCGCCGGAAGCUUAUCACGGCCAAGUACCCGCAGAUCAAAAAGCUAUUUGGGCCGUGCCCCAAGUUGAAGUACCAGAUUCUGGGCGCCGUCGCCGGCCAAGUCGGCAUGGCGUGGUUCAUCCACGACAAGUCGUGGGCGAUGUACGUGGCCGCGGCCUACAUCUUUGGCGGCACCAUCAACCACAUGCUCAUGAUGGGCAUGCACGAACUUUCGCACAACCUCGCGUUCAAGACCAUGUUGUACAACCGUCUUCUCUCGCUCGUCGCCAACUUUCCGCUCGGUGUGCCGGCCGCGAUUGCGUUCAAGCGGUACCACUCGGAGCACCACCGGUACCAAGGCGAGGACGGCGUCGACGUGGAUAUUCCGACCGAAGCCGAAGGCAAGUUCUUCAACACGCGCUUCCGCAAGUUCCUCUUCAUUUGCUGCCAAGGCCUCUUUUACAGCUUCCGCCCAUUUUUCGUGAACCCGAAAGUGCCAUGCCUCUGGGAGUACAUCAACUACGCGACGUGCAUCGCCUUCAACAGCGCGAUGGUGCACCUCUUUGGCUGGUCGGGCAUGUGCUACUUCUUCCUCAGCACGCUCCUCGGCAUGGGCCCGCACCCGUGCGCCGGCCAUUUCAUCUCGGAGCACUACGUCUUUGUCAAGGGUGCCGAGACGUACUCGUACUACGGCCCGCUCAACAUCUUUGCGUUCAACGUCGGCUACCACAACGAGCACCACGACUUUCCGUUCGUGGCCGGCUCGCGUCUGCCGGAGGUGCGUGCGAUGGCGCCCGAGUUCUACGAUACACUGCCGCAGACGUCGUCGUGGGCUGGGACGCUCUACGACUACAUCAUGGACGACUCGAUCAACGCGUACAGCCGCGUGAAGCGAAAGACGCUCAGCGUUGCCGACCGCGCCAAGCUCAAGUCGGAAUAAGUUCCAAGGCUAGUUUGCUACGUGUAUGCUCUACCCAUUGUCUUUAUAUUGAUGUGGUUUACUCCCGUCGGGUGGUGGCACGUCUGCUCUAGCUCAUUCGUUCAUGACAACGAGCAUGUUUGGGACGCCCUCGCAUCAAGUCGCCUCGUGGUUGGCAACAGAGCCGGACCCAUCUCUCCUCUUUGUAGCAACUUGUUGUCAAUCGAAUUGAAGUAUGUUUACUGAUUGCCCG